UUGUAAAUAUGUAUUGCACACCAGAAAUCGUCCGCCAGUCUCCCCGUAGUUUGUUGCCGAAGGAAUUCAUUGUAUUUCUAUGAAUGUGCGGUGUUUGCAAUACAGUAUAGAACGGGUCAUUGAUUAUACCAGCUUCUCAACAUACCAUUUAGAUUCAGGUUGCACAAUUUUGAAAAUAUUUUAACAAUGGGUGAUGGGCUUAAAACGAGACUGUCAGAAAAGUGAAGGCACGUUUUCUCUACUCUGUCUUCAAAUUGCAAUGGUGGACAACGCGGAAGUGCUUUACAAUUACAUUACACUAAUGGCACUUCGGAGAGCUGUCAGUCGUUUUUUGGAGCGUCCACAGGAUGAUACCUAAGAAAGAUUUCGCUCCAACGCAAGACGCCGUUAAACGCACGGGAACGUGUCCGAUCGAAGUGAGUCAUUUGGACCAUUUGGUGCUGACUGUAAAAAGUGUACCGGACACCAUCAAGUUCUACACGUCGGCUUUGGGCAUGGAGCUCGUCACGUUCAAGGGAGACCGUAAAGCUCUGGUCUUUGGGAAGCAGAAGUUUAACCUUCACCAGCUCGGCAAGGAAUUUGAGCCUAAAGCGAAGCAUCCAACUCCAGGCUCUGCAGACUUGUGUCUCGUCACCAAAACCCCUCUGACUACUGUAGCGGCACACUUCAAGGCGUGUGGAGUGCAGAUAGAGGAGGGCCCGGUGGAGAGGACAAGAGCGGUGGGGACAAUCACCUCUCUGUACUUCCGAGAUCCAGAUGAGAACCUCAUUGAAGUGUCCACUUAUCACCAAGAAACAUCACAAGAAUUUUAAUAAGACCGACUCUUGUUUUUUUUUUUUUCAAGAA